AUGGGAUCACACCCGCCUACCACCCCCGUCCACUACACCCGCCUACCACCCCCGUCCACCACACCCGCCUACCACCCCCGUCCACUACACCCGCCUACCACCCCUGUCCACUACACCCGCCUACCACCCCUGUCCACUACACCCGCCUACCACCCCCGCCUACCACCCCCGUCCACCACACCCGCCUACCACCCCCGUCCACCACCCCCACCUACCACCCCCGUCCACCACACCCACCUACCACCCCGUCCACCACACCCACCUACCACCCCUGUCCACUACACCCACCUACCACCCCUGUCAACAUCACCCACCUACCACCCCUGUCCACUACACCCACCUACCACCCCCGUCCACCACACCCACCUACCACCCCUGUCCACUACACCCGCCUACCACCCCCGUCCACCACACCCACCUACCACCCCCGUCCACCACACCCACCUACCACCCCCGUCCACCACACCCACCUACCACCCCUGUCCACUACACCCACCUACCACCCCUGUCAACAUCACCCACCUACCACACCUGUCCACUACACCCACCUACCACCCCUGUCCACAUCACCCACCUACCACACCUGUCCACCACACCCACCUACCACACCUGUCCACAUCACCCACCUACCACCCCUGUCCACCACAGCCACCUACCACCCUGUCCAUAUCACCCACCUAUCACCCUGUCCACAUCACCCACCUACCACCCCUGUCCACUACACCUGUCCACUACACCCACCUACCACCCCUGUCCACAUCACCCACCUACCACCCCUGUCCACCACACCCACCUACCACCCCUGUCCACAUCACCCACCAACCACCCCUGUCCACAACUCCUUUGAAAUGCUGA